UACACUCGGUUGGUAACAGUGUGCCAACAUAAUGGUGGAUAUUGUAUUUGUGUUUAGUAAUAUAUGUAAAUUAUUGCUGCUUUAAUUUCACUUGGUAGUGCUAUUUAUGUUCUGGAUGUGCCAUAUAUUCUUAUUUACUUAAGUGGAUAUGGUGUUAAUCAGAUAAGGUUCGGAUAAUAAUGAAUAUACCCCCAAUGCAACAGCAGGGACCAGGGGUUAUACCCCAGGUCCCUCAACAACCAGGGCCUGGCACACCCCAACAAGCUCAGCAAAUGCAGCCACAAAUUCAACAAGCUCAAGAAAAAUUUGACAAUAUUUCUAAAGUAAAGUCACUCAUAGCUCCUCUUAGAGAAUCACUUGCAUUGACCUUGAAAACAGCAGCACAGACACUUCACCAAAAUAGUUUGGUUGAUGUUGGAUCUUUGAAAGGUGUAGAUGUUCCUGUACCACGCUUUGAUAGAAACAUGGAAGAAUUUUACUCAAUAUGUGAUCAGAUUGAAUUACAUUUGAAAACAUCAAUAGAAUGCUUGGCACAGGGCGCAGCAAGCCAGCGAUAUCUGUCGUUGCCUGUUGCCCUGACUCGGACUGAUCCCUUACCCAACCAAGAAGGAGCAGCACUGACAUACCCUCAGUAUCUGGCCACGGUUCGAUCUCAGGUUGGCUUCGCCAAGGAAGUUCAUGACAUGUUAAUGGGAGCUGCACAGAAUGUUUCUUCGGGGGAGUAACAGUUCAGUGCUGAGUGGGAUAAAGCUGUACAUCAAAACUGGAUUUUAUCAUUUUAAUGUUACAGAGCGUGUGUUGUCACUUUCAACUCUGUGGUGAGUUUUACCUAGAGAAAAGUGAACUUUGCCUGGUGUGUCUGGUAACAGAUUGCCUUUCCAUUAAUUUGAAUUAGAAUUUUGAUGUUCACUGUUCAAUAGUUCUGAAAUACAGCACAGAAAAAUUUAAUUUGAAGGCAUCAUUAAUAGUGUUAAAUUUACGAUUAAUAACAUAUUGGAGUUGUUAUUAAGUGGGCAUUCUUUUGGCUAAAAAACUGAUAGCCAACUAUUAUUAAAGUGUUAUGUCUCAGGUUUUUUAUUGGGGUCAUCUUAUAUCUAUUAUCACCCUGUAAUCAGACAAGUGUGGUGAUUAAUGAUGAAUCAGAGAUAAGAAAGAAGAGAAAAGGGUGUCACAGAUAAAAGGACAUGGUAUUAGAGCAAUGACAUUCAGCCACAAUGUAGUGCAGCCUCGUACUAGAAUUACUGUACUAUUUACUUUGUUUUUAAGAAAUAAAGUAACUUGUUCUUUACUCAUUAAUGUAACUGAAUAAAUAAAUAAAUAAAGCAUACAUAUUCCAUAUUUAA